AUGGUGCAGAAGUAUAAUCCGGCUAUUUUGGUGGUAAUGGAAACUCGAGUUGGGGUUAACAGAGUAAGGGAAAUCACUGAGAGACUCCCUUUUGAUGGAGCUAUUCGCUCUGAUGCAGUUGGGUUUGCUGGUGGAAUAUGGGUGCUGUGGAAUUCUGAAAGAGUUGACGUUGCCCAUUUGGCCAGUACUGAACAAGAAAUUCACUUUACGGUUAAGGUACGCAGUUCAAAUGUUAUUUGGCUUUUCUCUACUGUGUAUGCUAGUCCUAGGUGUGCUGGAAGACACAUUUUAUGGAAUAACCUUAUGAAAGUAGCAGACCUUCACAAUAUGCCUUGGGUUAUAGCAGGGGAUUUUAAUGAACCUUUGGUUAAUGAUGAUAAAUUUGGUAGUAGAGCGGUUAGUGUGAACAACUCUCUUUUGUUUAAGGAGUGUUUAGAUAAAUGUAAUAUGAUGGACAUCAGCUUUGCGGGACCUCGUUACACUUGGACCAAUAGAAGGGAAAUUCAAGCUUUGAUUUAG